UUGUUUGAAAAUGGCGGCCACUCAAACGCCAAGACCAAAUCGAGGCCAAGUUCAAGUGGUUAGGUCAUCAUUGCCUUAUGAGGUGUUACUGUACUUGAAUGGCUGGUAUUUUAGUCUCUUCUUUCUCUGUGAGAUACUGCUCUUUGCUUACAAAGGAGAAACAUUGCCGUAUGCCACUGGUGUUCUUCCAGCUGAAAUCUGUUUAGUGUUUAUACUUGCUGGCAUCGAGGCACUCCGAUUGUUCUUUGCAAGGAAAGGUAACCUGACAGAGAGAAUUGUUGGUGUGAUAGUUUCCAUAUUGUUAAGUAUUCCAGCACUGCUUGGUGCCAUAUUUUACCUGUACUGGCAGACCUAUGUGAUGAGAGCAGACAUUAUACUGGCUGCUAUACAGUUAGCUUUCAUUGGUUUUGAACUCAUCUUUGGUAUUGUGUCAAUCAUAACAUUUGCAAGAGCUGCACCAUAUUAACCUUUUGUAAGAUGGGAUAGCAUUAUAGAAUCUCCAUAUUGACUAGCAAGUUAGAGGUAUGGAACAAACAGCCUGAAACAGGAACAUUGAUCUGAAGGGAAAUUUGUUUGUGAUGCGUAUGUCCUGACUGUGGAAAACUUUAAUUUUGAGACACAUGAAUCUUCUUAGAUACUGCUAGACAUUUAAUUUCAUUCUUAUAGAAAGAAAGCAUUUUACAUGAAAAUGAGCAAAUUAAAAGAAAACCUUGAAGCAUUUUGUUCAGUGUUUAAUACAUAUAAAAUUUUCGCAUUGUAAAUUCUAUAACACACUUCUGUACUGUUAAUUUAAAAUCUUUAAUGUGAAAAUAUAUUUUAAAUCUUAGUAGUUCAAAUAAAGCUUGCUUUUGAUCCAUGAUGCUUAAAAAAUCCACUGAAACAGUGCUUACAUUAUUUAAGUAAAUAUGCCUUUUGAUAAAUUGUAUAUGCAUCGAAUACCUUAAUACAUGUAUUUUGAAACAUGAAAGAUAAUGAUUUAUUUUAAACAGGAAGAGAAAUAAGAAUUUUUUGUUAGUGUCAUUAAUGCAUGUGUUGUCAUAAUAUGAAUGUUAAGGUAUUUGACCCUUAAUUUAACAUUCAACAAUUUCUGAUUCAUUAAGUAUUCUUAGGCAUUCUUGGGUGGUUUUGAAAGCCAUUAAAUUUUACAUUUUUAUGUACUUGUAUGACUGAAGUAUACAGAAAAAGCACAAGAGUAUUUGUAAUUGCACAGAAAUUGCAGAUUGUCAUAUCCGAUACCUUUAUUUGAGCCCCACCAUGAGAAAACCAACAUGUGCAUUUGCGCAGGCUGUUCUGGAUCCAUGCUGGUCGCAAAUGCACUAUGUUGGUUUCCUCAUGGUGUGGCUCAUUUUAUUUUUGUACAUAAAUGUUCAUCCGCAUAAACUAACAAGCAGCUUCAUGGCUUCAUACCCAGACAUUGUAAUGUAUACAUAUUUUAGUGUACAUACUUUGUAGAACAGUCUGUGAUAUUUAUUAAAUAUUUGAAAAUUGA